AUGGGAAAUGCUCCUAAGUACACCUCAGCUUUCAUCAGUCCAUCAGGUUUGGUGUCAGCAGGCAGCUGGGUGAACCUGACCUGCUCCAGCAGAGCCAAACCUCCAGUCAGCAGCUUCACCUGGUUCAAGAAGAGCAGAGAUGGAGCUGUGAAAGUAUCUGAAGGAGAGAUUUACAGCUUCAAUGUAACAGAUGGAGGAGUUUAUUACUGUGUGGCCACUAAUGAUCUGGGUAAUCAGACAUCAGCAGAGAUUCAUCUAACUCUUACUUACUGUGAAGCUGGAACACUGGAUGGUGUCUACACUAUAGUGAAGACUGUGGGAAUCAUAAUGCUUGUGAGCGCACUGGGCAUGUUUGAGUGCUGGUUCAGAUCAAGACGCUCCAACAAUCCAGAGAAAGAAAGCUGUCAGAUGAACACAGUCACAUCACAACACAUCAACUAAAGUUUCUGCAGGACAAACUCCACCUUAAAGUAUCACUUAAUUCACUGCAAUGUUGUAGAAUUAGUACAAUCUUUACAUGUUUGGAUAUUUCUUUAUAGUUUGAUCUUCAACAGCUGUACAUGACCAUCAUACUCUGAGUACAGAGAUGGAAAUAUCAUUCCUCAAGCCAGUGCUGUCUUCCCAAAAGUAAACGGUUCAGUUUUGCAUCUUUAGACCCAGAUUUACUAAACAGAGCAAAAUAGCAUGCCCAAAUGUUUCUGAUAGGUCUGGUUAGUUUUACAGGCACAGUCAGUUCAUUUCAGUGUGACAUGUCUGAUCUGCCAAGAGUCACGCAACUUAGCUUAAGCUCAUAAACUAACUGGGGAUUAAUCCUUCUGGGAGAAAUUAAGAUGUAGCUGCAUUAUAACCGUUAUCUGGAGAUCAUGAUUCAAACAAUUUUAUAAGUCCAUUUGUGUACUUGAUUCAAAUAUUGUACUUUCUAUUUUACGCCUUCAGUAAGGAAUUCCAUGAAAUUAAUAUGCAAGAGGGUCGGUGUAGAAAACCACUGACCACUCUUUGUCUAAUAGUCUAUGUUCAUCGUUUCUCUUAAAGCUGUAAUAGUAAUAUGUAAUUUAUCCUGUCUCCCUGUCAUCUUAAAACCACAUGUUGAUGAACAAAUGAUCAUUUAUACACAAGUUUCUGAAUGUAUUCUGUGAACAUGGGAGGUAGAUACCUUCUCUCUGUAAAUAUUCCCAGCUUACGCUUGCUUUUUAAAAAAAAAAAAAAAAAAAAAAAGUGCAUGCAGACUGCUGUCUGUGCUGUUGUUUGACCUCUUUGCAAAGGUAAAUAAAACUUAUAAAGACAACCUGUUUGUGUGAACCUCAGUUUAUUUCAGAUUUCAACAACAAGCUUUGAGUCAGAGUAAUCCAGUGGCUGAUUGGAAAUUGGAUGUGAGAUGGAGAGUGAC